AUGGCUCCCAAGGUCGCUAUCGUUAUCUACACCAUGUACGGCCAUAUCGCCAAGCUGGCCGAGGCUGUCAAGGCAGGUGUCUUGAGCGCCGGAGGGGACGCCACCAUCUACCAAGUUCCUGAAACGCUCUCUGCAGAGAUCCUUACCGCGUUGCAUGCACCAGCGAAGCCCGACUACCCUAUCAUUACCCCUAAUAUCCUCGCUUCAUACGAUGCAUUCAUCUUUGGUAUCCCUACACGUUUCGGAAACUUCCCUGGCCAGUGGAAGGCGUUCUGGGACUCCACCGGCGGCCUUUGGGCCAAAGGUGCGCUCUCUGGCAAGUACGCCGGUCUGUUCGUCUCUACCGCUGGUUUGGGAGGAGGACAGGAAGCCACCGCCAUCGCUUCGUUGUCCACCCUGGCCCACCACGGCAUAAUUUACGUCCCUCUGGGAUAUGCCAGCACCUUUGCUCAGUUGACCGAUCUCUCGGAGGUUCACGGUGGAUCUCCUUGGGGUGCAGGAACGGUCGCUGCAGGCGACGGCUCCCGCCAGCCCUCUGCCCUGGAGCUCGACGUUGCUACUAUUCAGGGCAAGACCUUCUACAGCACUGUUGCAAAGGCUUUCCCUUGA